AUGUACGAGUUGUUUCUCACAGCGCUCAUCGAACAGGGCGAUCUUGAAGCUGCCCUCUCUGUCCUCAGCGGCAUCUGCGGCAUGCAGUCAUGGCAUUCCAUCCAACGCAUACUCUACUUUCAAUGUGCCUCGGCAACUGGGCGCCCAGCCGGGUUUCAAAACUAUAAGAGCCUCGACAAACCCCUCCGACGUGACACUGAAUGGUUCCUCAAGGAGCUCAACGCCGCCCUGAGCCGGCAAUCCUUCAUCAUGCAAGCCCGGUACGACGUUUUCAAGGAUCGUGACAUGGGUGCCGACGCAAAGGAGAUGGACUUUGACGCCAUGUCGGGCAUCCUGAGGUGGACAGAAUUCCCCUCGGCGCCGCAGGGUAGGCCGCACAUCACGCACAGGAAGAAAAUCGAGCUGUGGGAGCAGAAGAAGAUUUGGUCGCUCAUGGCGGACAACAGCUGCAUGUUCAAGACAGAGGUGAUUGACGAGUGCUAUCGUUUCUACCGCGAAGACGUCGAAUUCUGUCUGACACGACAAUUCUUCCUCCGACCGAUCGAGGACUACACCCCCGUGGAACAGCGCCAGGGGCCCACAGCGCCGCCCGUCAGCCAGCUUCCCGCCUUCGAGGACCUUACACCCGUGGACGCCCAGAAUCGCUGGGUGCUGCAGGUCAAGGCGCACGUCAUGAAGGAGAAUGACCUCGAGGCGUCGCGGAAGGCGCAAGGACAGCUCGAAGGGAUCCGGGCUGAGCUGGAGGGCGUCUUUGACUUCAAAUCCAUCGAUCGCAAAGUGCACGAUACCAGAGUCGCCCAGCCGCAACAGAACAUUCAAGUGCUGCCGCAAAGAGUAAUGCUAGGAAAGGUCUAG